ACCAUUCUUUUUUAUUAAAAGCAACAUGGCAAAGCAAAUAAUGUCUUCUUCAUACUUGUUAUUUUUCUCUCUGGCUCUACUAAUCAUCACACUCUCCACCAUACCAAAUUUCGCAUCUGCUUCUUUGGAGGAAGCCAAUGCUCUUCUUAAAUGGAAAGCAAGCCUUGAAAUCCCAAAAAACUCCUUGCUCUCUUCAUGGAUUUCCCUCGCUUUGAAUUCCAGUGCAUCGGUUCCAUGCACUUCUUGGUUUGGAGUAGUUUGCAAUUCUGAUGGGAGCAUUCAGAAGUUGAACCUCACAUCAUCCGGACUAAAUGGUACACUUCAUCGAUUUCCAUUCUCUUUGCUACAAAAUCUUAUGCAUUUUGAUCUCAGCGUAAACAACUUCUUUGGCCCCAUCCCACCAGAAAUCCAUCUUUUGUCCAAACUUGUAUAUCUUGAUUUUUCAGAAAAUACAUUCUCUGGAGUAAUCCCACCUGAAAUAGGAAACAUGCACCAACUAACCAUCUUGUACUUACACUCAAACAAUAUCUCUGGUCCCAUUCCCAUUGAACUUGGGAAUUUUAAGUCUCUCACUGAUUUUAAGGUGAACAACAAUCAAAUUAGUGGUUCUAUUCCUUCAUCAUUGGGUAAUUUGACAUCUUUGAAUGUUCUUUCUUUGUAUGGAAAUCAUCUCUCUGGUCUCAUUCCCAUUGAACUUGGGAAUUUGAAGUCUCUCACUAAUCUUGAUGUGAGUGACAAUCAACUUAGUGGUUCUGUUCCAUCAUCAUUGGGUGAUUUGACAUCUUUGAAUAUCCUUAAUUUGUUCCAAAAUCAACUCUCUGGUCCCAUUCCUACUGAACUUGGGAAUUUGAUGUCUCUCACUCAUCUUGUGGUGUGCAAAAAUCAAUUUAAUGGUUCUAUUCCUUCAUCACUAGUAAACCUCAGCAACCUACAGUGGCUAAUCCUCAGUUUUAAUAAAUUAUCAGGUCCCAUUCUUAGUGAAAUUGGGAAGUUGAAGUAUCUCACUCAUCUUUCGUUGAGAACAAAUCAUCUUAGUGGCUUUAUUCCUUCAUCAUUUGGUGAUUUGACAUCUUUAAAUCAACUUUAUAUGCAUGAGAAUGAGCUUGUUGGCCCCAUUCCUAGUGAACUUGGGAAGUUGAAGUCUCUCACUGAUUUUAAGGUGAACAACAAUAAAAUUAGUGGUUCUAUUCCGCCAGAGUUUGGAAAUUUAACUCAACUACAAAGACUUGAUCUGUCUUCGAAUAAUUUGGUUGGUGAGAUCCCAAAGGAGUUUGGGAAGAUGAAAAGUAUGUUGGAUUUGUCCUUGGCUGGCAACCGACUUUCAGGUGUUAUACCUCUAGAGCUUGGAUUUUGUGAACUUCUUGAAGUACUCGAUCUAUCCAAAAAUAGAUUGAACGGGUCGAUUCCAACAAGUAUUGGUCAAUGGGCACAAAUCCACUACUUGAAUCUUAGUAAUAACAUGCUCAGUGAGAAAAUUCCAUCCGAGAUUGGUAAAUUAGUUCAUCUUACGGAACUUGAUUUAUCUCAUAAUUUUCUCAUGAAAGAGAUACCAUCUGAAGUUCAAAGUUUGCAAAGUUUGCAAAAAUUGAAUCUUUCUCACAAUAGACUAUCUGGUUCCAUUCCUGAUGUUUUUACAAAUUUGCCUCGCGGGAUUGAUAUCAACCUUUCUUACAAUGAGCUUUCUGGUAUAGUCCCCCUUUCCACUAAUUUUGUGAAUGCAUCCAUAGGAAGCAAUCCAGAUUUGUGUGGGAAUAUCACGGGAGUGAAACUUUGUCCAAGUCAGAUUAUGAAGAAGAAAAAUGAUCCAUAUCAUCAUAAGCUUAUCCUUGUAAUUAUGCUCUCUCUUAUUGGGGCUGUUUUACUUGGUGUAUUCAUGUAUGGCUUCAUUGCUUAUCAACAUCAAAAGAAAAAUUCUCCACAAAAACCAUCAGACGAAGAAAGUGGUGAUUAUUUCUCCAUAAUAAGUUUUGAUGGAGCAGUAGUGUAUGAUGACAUCUUGGAAGCAACGAAUAAUUUUGAUGAAGCAUACUCCAUUGGGACCGGAGGAUAUGGGACUGUGUACAAAGCCGAGCUACAACCUAACAAUGUGGUAGCUGUCAAGAAACUCCACUCAGGGUCUGAGAAUGUUGACCAUAAUGGAUUCCUUAACGAGGUACGAGCGUUAACAAACAUAAGGCAUCGAAACAUAGUGAAACUCUAUGGAUAUUGCUCCCAUGUUCGUCACUCAUUUUUGAUUUAUGAAUACCUUGAAAAUGGAAGCCUUGGAUCAAUCUUAAGAAGUGAUGUCUUAUCAAAAGAAUUGGAUUGGUUUAAACGGGUAAACAUUGUAAAGGGUGUAGCUAAUGGUUUGGCUUAUAUGCAUCACGACUGCUCACCUCCAAUAAUUCAUAGAGACAUAUCCAUAGCCAACAUCCUUCUUGAUUCUAAGUGUGAGGCACAUAUUUCUGAUUUUGGCACAUCCAAGCUUUUAAAGCUCGAUUCAUCCAACUGGACCGCAAUUGCAGGCACCUAUGGUUAUAUCGCACCAGAGCUUGCUUUUACGAUGGUGGUAAAUGAGAAAUGCGAUGUUUAUAGCUUUGGAGUUGUUGCACUAGAAGUUAUAAUGGGAAAGCAUCCUGGAGAUCUCAUAACAUCUUUACCAACAUUGGCUUCUGAUUAUCUGGUGCCAGAAAAUGUGGAAGAUAGUCGGAUACCUCCUCCCUCAUCCCAAGUUGAGAAACAAGUUUGGCUGGUUCUGAGUCUCGCAAGAGCAUGUUUGAACUCCAAUCCACUUGAAAGACCAACAAUGCAGCAAGUUUCCAAUCGGUUAAUGAAGGAUCUGUUUUGAAGUGACAUCUCUUGCCUGAUCAAUAUAGUGUAAUUUCAGUGCUC